UGUUGCCGCAACCACAAACGUUUAUGGGCACAGUGUUUGAUUCUAGUCCCUCAUUAGAACUCUACUUGAAUUCAAGGUGCCAGACAUGUUCUGUUAAUUGACAGGAGGCGACGUCAAUAUGUUGCUCUCCCUCCAUAUGAUUUUGGUUACGCGUCUGCGCGCGCCGUGCAUCAGCAGAGACCAGGUGGUAAAAUGCAACUUUUAAGGAAAGAUUUUGAAGGAAGCAUAUGGUGUUCUUACCUGACUAGUCAAAAAAAUGUGAGAAGAUAUUUAAUAGGUAAUCAAACGACACUAACCCAAAAAACCGAGAGGAGCGAGAGGCAAUCAUGAGCGCAUCUUUUCCCAAAUCCGAAUCCAAAACCUCCUUGCUGAAAUCCUCAUCCGCAAGCGGAAGAUCGACAUUCUUCCCUGAACGCACGACAGGAACGGAACGAAGUCGUCAUCACCACCGUCUAGCUCCAAAUCAAGUGAGCGGCAAUGCCGCAGACGAGUUAUUCUGGUCGGCAGACUGCGACGUUAGUGCUCGGAGACCGCUGUGCCACCCCUCGCUCUUCGCUACCCGGAAUAGCGCAGCGAUCCGAGCCAAGACCCAGUCCCACGCCCCGCAUGGCCACGUUCCCGCAGCCUACUCACAGGAAUGCCCAACAGAGCAACAUGGUGUGGGCCGUGGAGUGAGAGAACGCUGCAAAUCAUCCAAACACCACCGACACCACCGGAAAACGACCCGGGACGAACCGCCAACGCCACCUGCAACUGCACACAAAAACAGCCAAAUUCACCCUACCCGAUUAAACCAGAGAAUAGGCCUACAGACCCACACUGACUGCAAAGCCGACGCCGCGUUCUUCUUUGAAUCGAGGUACUAUACAAGGGCAAGUUCGUCUGCUAGCGGAGAUGCCAGCAUUCCGUCCCCUGCUUCCUCAUCGCCUAUCCCCGUGUCCAGCCUAUCCUCUCAUCGCUCCGGAAGGUCCAGUACUGCAUCAUCUGAAUCCGACUUCAAUUUGCGCCCAAUUCUCAGCUCCGUUUUUGGACAGGAUAGAGAGCUGAGGCCAGAAGAGAUUGAUGAGUUGCGGGAUGCUUUUAAGGAGUUUGAUAAGGAUAAAGACGGUUUCAUCAGCUGUAAAGACCUGGGAAAUUGCAUGAGAACCAUGGGAUACAUGCCUACUGAAAUGGAGUUGAUAGAACUUAGCCAACAGAUCAACAUGAAUUUGGGAGGUCACGUUGACUUUGAUGAUUUUGUGGAAUUAAUGGGGCCCAAACUUCUUGCCGAAACUGCAGAUAUGAUUGGUGUGAAAGAACUACGAGAUGCGUUUAAAGAGUUUGACACCAAUGGGGAUGGUGCGAUAAGCACAGUUGAGCUGAGGGAAGCCAUGAGGAAGUUGCUGGGACAACAGGUUGGCCACAAGGACUUAGAAGAUAUCCUCAGAGACAUCGACUUGAAUGGUGAUGGGCAUGUUGACUUUGAAGAGUUUGUACGAAUGAUGUCCCGCUAGGAGGAGUGGUCGAUAUGGCUUUUAUUUAUUUAUGCUGAAUGUAAAUCUCUGCCCUUUGGUUAUCAUCAUCUAAUGAGCAAAGUGGAGGAAAUGCUAGGAGCUAUCUAGGAGAUAUCUUUACCUGAGAAAAACUGGAAUGAAAUCCUUUACCUCUAAGGAGAAACAGAUGACAACCGUAGUGUUCUUCUCUAAAGGGCCAACAGUUCAGCUGAGGCAAAUUCUACUGUAGCUUACAGACUGACUUGCUAAUGGUUUAACCCUCCAUGGACUGAACACACUUGUGCGUAGCUUGUUGUUAAAGCAAGGUUUCUCAACACUUAAAGGGGCAUUCUGCAGAUGAUAAAAGAACAAAGCACAAAUGUGUAGGCACUUUCAGUCAAACGUGUAGGGAUCAACCUGUAGAAAUCGAACCACUUGAAAAUUCAUACAAAUGGCUUUGGGUGCAAGGACUGACCGCUUAAUCCAAACCAUGCUAUACCAAGUUUCUACAUUGUUUACAAACUUUGGAGUAAAAUAAGUAUUUUAGCUUAUGGUGAGACAUGUGAAACAUAUAUAACAUAUUCUUUACAUGUAUACAUGUCGCUGUAGCAGAGUGAAAUGAACCCUGUACAUGCAAAGAUACUGUUAGCCACUGUUGGACAGCAAAGUCUUGCAUCUCAUUUAUUUCUGUAGUGCUGCUCAUGGCAAGAACUUUGUGCUGAGUUUAAGACUCAAUAGGUAUAUAACUUUCAUUUAAUCCAAACUGAAUGUAGCAAGUGCAGACUGCCCCUUUAAAUAGCAAUAUCACUGGUACAUUCUUCAAGUUUGGGUAUAAUAUUGAGAAAAGCUUAUUGUUCUUUAUGUGUUUGUAUGUAUCUGUAUGUAUGUACAAUAUGUAUUGUAUCUAAUGAUCACCACGUAUCUUUUGGACCGGAGAAUGUAUAGUUUGGGGGGGUGUUGUGGACGUGUUUUGUACCCACAACCUCCUUGUGUAUGAACAAUUUGUUUGAUGGUGCUCAAUUCAGAUGACCUCUCUGUGUGAUCCGGGUACAGAGCCAAAGAGCACAAGAAGCAGCAGCAAUUUCACACAUUCACUUGUUUGAUUUCCUGGCCCCUGUCACUGUGAUCUUUUUGUGAUGUGAUCACUGUUUGCCCCAUACCAUAAAAACACUGGAUUAUGUCCAAUGCAAUGGGUUUAUUGCAAAUAUGCCAACUCCAGAUCUGGAAAAUAGUAGCUUUUCUUAACUCACAAAAAAACAUGAUGGUUUACAUGUACAGUUUUUUUUGUCUGAGUCUGUACAUCUGUUUGUCUGUAGGUACAGCAAAUACAUAGUAAAGUCGUGAUCUGUCAUUGUGCUGUUUAUGCAUGCCAAAGAGACAAACAUAAUUUGAAAUACAGUUUAUUUCUAUGUGUGACAGUACAUGUAAUAAAUUAUCUUAGGUAUAUGGCUACACAAUGUGAGCCUACUUUUUACAUUUCUAAAUGGACAAGCAAUUUAGAGCAAACAAUAUCAAGGCCAGGAAAAGUACAAGGACAAAACUGGUGCACAAAUUAGCCUGGCUGGAAUGGUAAAACAUGUCGUCAUGGCAACUGUCUCUUUCCUCCACCUGGGUCCCCAUGAGAAGCACAGAAUGUAUUCUCAGUUCCCUGUCAUACGCCUCAAUAAGGAACCAUACCCUAACCCUCCAUUGUGUGGUUAACAUGCCCUCCAGAUUAUUAGCCCCACUGGAAACAAUGGCAUUGUUAUUUAUCAGCUUAAUCUUACACAAACAACAUGAGCAGAAUUGAUACUUUAACUGAGGUAAAAUUGUAAAAGAAACAUUUUAUUUGAUAAGUAUAUUUCAUGAUU